GACGUCAGCUGUGUAGCCGUCCUCUCACCAUCUCUGCUGCUAUCACAUGCAGGAGCAGAUCUGUCCUCCUGAACAUCACUAACACAUCCAGAGUGUUUCUGACCUCAAAGUGUGGAAGGUGAGCAGGAACGGAGACGUUAUCGCCUCCUGAGGUGUUUCCUGCAGCUUCUCUCUCAGUAGCAGCUGCUGAAUCGUGUCGACGCACGUGAGGAACCAGAGGAGGCGUUUCUAACCGUGCAUGCAGAGGACUGCAUCAGCCACCCCCAGAUUCAGUCUGCGUGCAAACCUCUCAGGGUCAAGGGAGCUUCUACCUGUGCUCUCAGGUGGGCGGAGACUAGUCUCUGCAUCACCGUGAUAACAUGAUGGAUGGUUGACCUCUGAUGGAGCCGACUUGUUGGUCACAGGAGACGUGAUUGUGCCACGGAGGUCACGGAGUCCCACGUCUUUUUCUGUCUGUGCAGGCAGGACGUCACCACAGUCAAAAUCAUUCGACAUUUGUUGUUUGUGUGGCAUCGUUCCCGGCCUGAGCAGCGUGCUGCUGCCUCGCAUGAACCCCUUCGUCCUGAUCAACAUGGCGGGAGCUCUGUCCCUGUGCAUCACCUACAUGCUCAUCGAAAUCAAUAACUUCAACGCGGUGGACACGGCGUCUGCGGUCGCCAUCGCCCUCAUGACCUUCGGCACCAUGUAUCCCAUGAGCGUGUACAGCGGCAAAGUGCUGCUGCAGACCACGCCCUCCCACAUCAUCGGGCAGCUGGACAAGCUUCUGAGAGAGGUGUCGACUUUUCAGGCUGGCUCCGCCCACGUCCGGAUCCGCCGCGACGCCAACGAGCAGCUGGUUCUGGCUCACGUCACCAACCGGCUGCUGCCGCUCGUCUCCACGCUGACCGUGCAGAUCUUCAAAGACGACUGGUCCCGGCCCCUCCUCACCGGGGCCCUCUCCUCCUCCUCGUCCUCCUCGCCCGCUGCCUCCCCGCUGGGUGCUGCCGAUGGCUACGCCGCCCUCGCCUCCUCGCUGCCUCCUCUGCUCUUGUCCUCAGGAGGAGAGUUCGACCCGCUGACCUCCACCCCCUCCAAACCCACCAGCCCCCCUCCGGAGUUCUCCUUCGACACUCCGGGGAGGAACGUGCAGCCGAUGGUCCUCGCCGCUUUGGGACACCACACCCACAGGCCGUACGGCGGCCUGGGACUCUCCUACGGGUCGACCCCCUACACGGGGAUGCUGAAUCAGGGCCUGGCGCGGCCUGGUGGCGGGAUGGGACUGGGCACACAGGGUCUGGGGGUCGGGCUCGGACUGGGCGUGGGGCCGUCCUCUCAGAGCUACAGAACUGCGUUUGGCGGGUCGACGGCGCCGCUGCGCUUUGGAAACCCUCUGGCUUCACAGUCGCAGUACCGACAGUACCGGCCGUGACCGCUCCGGCGGGUUCAGGACUUUCAGGUAAAUUCGUUUGUGACGGUCGGCUCCUCGGGAACGUCGAGUCGGGCAGCGGUGUCACAGCAUCGAUGACGGCGCCAGUUUCUGGUGUUAGAUGUCGAUGACUUCAGAGGAGCGAUGGUGGUGACGUAUUUAUUGUCCGGGCGAGGGGACCACCGCGUAUCUUUGAGUGCUUUCUUUGUCAUGGGACUGAUCACGAGGUUUGGCGGUUAGAAAGUGGCGUGCUCGUACUUUGUAAGCUUUUCUUUCCUGCAAACAUUCCUUAAAAAAAUAAAAGUCUUUGAGUCUGAA